GAAAGAGAGAGAGAGAGCAUGGGCCAGUGUGGGACAAAGAGCAGAGGUAGAGGGAGAAGCAGACUCUUGGCUGAGCAAGAAUCCCAAUGUGGAGCUCAAUUCAGGACCCCAUGACCAUGACCAGAGUUGAAGGCAAUUACUUAACCGACUCAGCCACUAGGGUGCUCCUAUUUUUGAUUUCUUGAGGAUCAUCUGCACUGUUUUUUGUAGUGGCUGCACCAAUUUACAUUUCCACCAACCACCACUAUAGGGUUCCUUUUUCUCCACAUCCGUUUUCAGCAUUGGUUAUCUCUUGUCUUUUUGAGUUUGGCCAUUCUAACAGGUGUGCGGUGUUAUCUCCUCGUGGAUUUAAUUUGCAUUUUCCUAAUGACUAGUGACCUGGCUCCCUACCAAUUCCAACAUAAACUCAACCCCAAACCAUGUUUCUCAUGUCAUGAGAAAAAGCCACUGUGAGUUAGGACAGACCCAUCUCCCCAUCUCUUGGUAUGGACCAUCCCAUAUCUCUGCACCUUGAAGAGGCCCCUGGUCAUCAUGCAAACCCAAAAGGCACACCAGCAGCCAGUGCUUUGGCAGACCACCCUCUUGUUACACAAUGACCCCUUGUACCACUGGAUAGAGAGGAGAAGCCCAGUCUCAGCUUCACAUGGCACCAACGUCCCAUCAGCCCCUUCAAUCUCUGGACCUUCUUGUCUGUUGUCAAUCCUCUGCCCUAUGAGUCACAGUAGAUUGAACUUUUCAAAGAAGAAAGAAUCCAAACUGAGGUGCACAUGGGAUUGGUGAUGUCCAUGUCUUGAGAAUAAGCAAACACACAGGAGGGAAGAAGCCUGGGGGAUUUGUACCCUGGUGCGGAACCCAGGAACUAAAUGGAACCUUUGAAAGCCUCUGAGGUCACAGAGCCAACUUGUGUGGCCAGAGGAGAGCAGGGGUCCCAUGGGGACUGCGGGUGCUUGGAGCUGCAGGCUGGGGGGUCCUAACACCACUGUGGUCACCACUGAUACCUGAGAGGAUGGGCUGCUGUGGGCUCCAUGCUGGACAUGAUCCAUCCUGACCACAAGGAAGUGACAUGUCACAGGGGUGAGGAAGUCCCACGGAGGAGAAAAUGCUCUAGUGUGGCUCCAUUGUGUGGGGUGAGUGUGGACAGUGAGAAGAGCAGAUGUUGAUUGUUUAAGGGGAUGGCAAUCCCAAUCUAGAUCUGGACCCCGGAGCUGUCUUGUCCUCGGGAUUGAGCAGAUCUGGUGCACUAGGCCCAGGACUCUGCCUCAGCUCGUGCUGCUUCUGUCCCCAAGCUUCCUGCACCCCAACCUCCUUGAGUCAGCGUGGAAGAAGAUUGUGAGACCCAACAGAGGCAGGACGAGGAAGCAGAGAGACCCCAGAAAGCAGAAGUGGGCCCUGCAGAGGGGACCCUCUGUGAGGAGGCUUGAAAUUAUCCCCCCUCACUAGCCUGGCAUUGCUGUGGGUGACGUCUGUGCUGCAGACAUGACCCUAGGGGAUGGGAGGUCUUGGCUGCCUGCAGCGCUGCUCCUUCUGCAGGUCCCAGGCUUUGUUUCCCAGAUUCUGAAUAGUCCCAUCUCCCUGGUGGGCACCGUGGGGCAAUCCGUGAGUGUGGUAUGUCCAUAUGAGAAGAUCUACGAAAACAAUACCAAAUACUGGUGUAAAAGCCCAUGUUUGUGGAAGAUUGUGGAGACCGCAGUCCCAGAUGUAGAAGCAUGGAAUGGCCGUGUGUCUAUCAGAGAUGUUUCUGCAACCCUCUCCUUCAGAGUGACCAUGAGGAACCUCAGAGAGGAGGAUGCUGGGACAUACCGGUGUGGGAUUGAUACAUCAGAGUUUCCAGGAUAUUUGUUCGACCUCACCUACCCAGUUGUGGUGACUGUGACCCCAGGUCUUCACACGGUCCUGCUAGACCCCACAUUGAAUACCGAAGCCUCCGACGACUACUAUGCCUCCAGCCUAUAUUCUGGGUCCCUGCUCAGCUGCAUCUACUUCUGGCUCCUGGUCUUCCUGGAGGUGUCCCUGGUCCUGAGCAUGCUCACUGCUGUCCUCUGAUGGAACAGGCCUCAGAGGGGAUCUGGUGGGAGGCAAUAUCUGCCUGAUAAUGACUAUUGGUAAUACCAAUUGCCUAUUGACGACCUGCCCAGGAACACAGCCCAUCUGAUGGAUGGGAAUGGCCUUCUGACCAACACAUCCAGCCACCAUCCUUAUUUUAUUCCAAAUACUCUGUAAACUUUUUUGUAAAUUUUCCUGCAAAGUAUCAUAGACACAAAGACUGUUCCCAAUAAAUGCAUACUCCUUGAAGCCCAAAUACUCUUCAACCCUUGGAUAUAUCGUGAAUAUUUCUGAAGUCCCUCUGAGGAAACCAACUAUGAAUUUUACAGUCAUGUUAUCCUUGUUUUCUUUAUGGGUUUGCCACAUAUUUGCAAAUUAUUUACUCUAGGUCAGUUCAUAAAAGGCACCAAAGUUAAAAAAAAACAAAACAAAACAACUUUUAUUUCCAAGGUGAUUGGUCUUCUUAUAAUACUUCUUUCCCAAGCCAUCACCCUUUUUAUAUAAUAAAAAGGUCACUUAUUGCACAAGCCUCCCUGUGAAUGGUGUUUAUGUAUUCCAGGUGUUGAUGGGGUCCCUAUGCCUCUGACAGGCCUGGGAAUGGGAGAAUGGGAGAAAAAAAUCAAGAC